AUGGCGGCAUCGGAGAAAUUAGCUGAAUUGAUCCAAGAUGUCUAUUCAUAUUUUGGUAGCGAGUACAAGCAAAAGUUGCUUUUCGUGCCCGACGCCGAUAACAAACCUGACGUGCACGAAAUAUCGGAAGCUGUGCUAUUUCGUUUUUUAUUGAAUGAAGAAACUUUGAAAGAAUUCAAAGGAUCUGAAGUUAUAAUAUCUGACAAGCUAGACGUUUUAAAAGACAUAGACAAGAAUUCGAAAAUCGCUGAAUUCGAAACCCACAAAAGCAGCAUGGACAUGAUAACAAAUUUAAAAGGACGUCUCGUUCACGUUUUCAUCGUCUUCAAAUCGACAAGUGAAACAGACGGAGACUAUUGGUGGUCACUAGAAAAGGGCGUGGAAUACAUCUUCUUGCAACGAUCCCGCAACAAAGAAAACGUCAAGGACAAGUGGAAUGGUGUUCCGCGAAAUGAAGUUGAGCCCAUUGUUGAAAAUUUGAAAGGAAAAGGUACGAUUAAAGAUCUUUUCGCUGUACUUUGGGCCCAAAAGAUGAUUCCAGAAAAGUACAACAUCUUGAACUCAAACUGCCAGUCUUUCGUCACUUUCGUCAGUCAACAAAUGACUCAAGAAGAAUACGAAUACAAGGGUAUUAUGAUCCCAAAGUUCUCGUUCUCUCCUCCUCGUGGAAGUGGCCGGGACAAAAAAAUGUUGGAUUUAAUCAACAUCCUAAGGGGGAGUUCUGAUUGGCCCCCUUUAUUUAUUGUAAUUCAAAUGGAAAAUGCCGAUCUGGUUGAUAAAAUGAUCGACAGUGGCAAGUACGACAUCAACGCCUUCUACGAUAAACUUACUCCGCUCCACUUUGCGAUCAUGUUUUCGAAAACCAAAAUGGUUCAACAUCUUCUAAAACAUCCAAUGAAUGCCGACCCAACGACGCACAAUGCUUCCAGGAAGAACGUUCUUCAUUUGGCGACCAUGUACACAACGAAAGCAGAAAUCUUCGAUUUGCUACUGACUCAUCUCAAAGUCAAGGUGGACGAUGUAGACGAAGAAGGACGAACUGCUCUCCAUUCGGCCGCUCGUGUAUCUAACGUCGUCGCUGUUCGAAAAUUAAUCGAAAACGGAGCCAAUCCCAACAUAAUCGACAACAACAGGAUGUCUCCUCUUCACGUGGCAGCACAGGAAAGAGACAGUAAUGCUAUCAUCGAUCUUCUCCUGGAAGCUAAAAAAGUCAAAGGACUGGGCGAUGUCAACGAUCGAAAUGAACGAGGAGAAACUGCACUCCAUUACGCCGCCAUAGCAUCCAAUGAAAUCAAGGCCGAGCAUUUGAUCAGACAUGGCGCAGAUCCCAAUUGUCGAAACAAUUAUGGCCAUACUCCACUUCACAUGGCUGCAGUCUGUGCAGAGAAUUUGAAAAUCAUCUACUUGUUAUUACUGAAAAUUAAAAAAGAAGAUAUUGGACAGUAUAUAAACGACAAACAACUUAUCCUUAACGCCAUGCGUAACGUGCACGGGCUAUCUGCAGAAAUAGGAGUUCGGUUAUUGGAAAAGGGCAUAAUAACUCCGAGUAAGCCUAUAGUUGAUAAGGCAACAGGCGUUAAUACUCGCCGUUUUGUAGACAAAGGCGCCCAUCCCUCAACUGAUUUGCUUGGAUUUUAUCACAAUCGCAUAGCGGAGGCCGAGAAUCCGCCGGAAAUUGAUGAAAUUCUUAGAGAACACAAACUUGAUAUCAACGGCCACGAUCAAAAUGGGCUAACUCUUCUUUUAGUUGCAAUCCUCGCCAAUGACGUGGAGAUGGCUCGAUGCUUGCUGGAAAAAGGAGCCGAUCCCGCCAUACGUUACAAAAAUUUCUUGACUCCAUUUCAUCUGGCAUCGGCUAUUGCUGAAGAUUGCGAUAUUCUCAAUUUACUUCUAGCAAACGAAAGAGUUGACAUCAAUGAAACGGCACCUACAUCUGGAAUGACUGCCCUCCAUCUGUCAACUUAUUUUUCCAACUUGAUUGCCGUUUGCUUCCUCUUAUCAAAUGGAGCUAACCCCAACGUCGCUGAUAAAGAUGGAGCCACUCCACUUCAUUGGGCGGCAUGGUAUGCCACAGACAUGGAAAUUGUCCAACUACUCAUCAAUCACCAAGCCACGAAUGUCUACUGUAUAGACAAAGGCGGAUGUAGUGCGCUAGAUUACGCAAGGGAAAACAAGAGACGAGGGAUGGGGGAAGGAAUUGCCAAUCUGUUGAGAGAAAAAGGCGCCGUCGAAACCGAAAACGAACUGCCCAAAGGAAGCAAUGAAAUCUUAAAAAAACAUAUGCGUGUUUACAGCAAUCGAAUGUCCGACGAAGCUGAAACAUUUUUAAGCGACGAUACAAUAUCAACUGGGGAAAAAUUCGAUAGAAUUUUUAAGGAAUCUUUGAUUUCAGCUAUCAAAGAUUCAGACGUAGAAAGCGUUAGUCUCCUAUUGAAAAAUGGAGCAAGUGCCCAGACAUGGGGAGAAAUAGGAGAGAAAGCGCUUCAUUGGGCAGCAGCUUAUGCAAAGACGACGGAUGUCAUCGACGCCAUUCUGAAAACGGGUGAAUUCGACAUCAACGGAGUGGACAAUAAUGGAUGGACACCACUCCAUUGCGCAAUUACGACCGAAAACAUGACUACUGCUCGCUACUUGCUGGAAAAGGGAGCCGAUCCCAAUAUUGCCAACAAGAACGGAGUCACCCCACUUCACUUUGCGGCCACUCGUGCAAAAGAAAUUGAAACAAUCAAUCUACUCCUGGAAAAUGAACUAGUCGAUAUCAAUCAGAUUGACAAAGAUGGAUGGACAGCUCUUCAUUACGCAAUCAAGGGCAAAAACGUGCAGAUGGUUCGCUAUUUACUGGAAAAAGGAGCCGAUCCCACCAUCUUUGACAACGAUGGCUUCACUCCAUUUCAUUUGGCAGCACUAAUUCUAACAGAUUCCGCUGUUCUCGGUCUCAUGCUGUUGGGAAACGAAAAAAAGAUUGAGAUUGACGAAAGAAACAAAAAUGGACACACUGCCCUCCAUCUGGUAAUUAUGUCACAUAACGUGGAUGCCGCUGACUUCCUGUUAUCUAACGGAGCCAAUCCAAACGCUGCUAAUCAACACGGGUUCACUCCACUUCAUUUUGCAGUCUAUUUUGCAAGCGAUAUGGACAUUGUCAAACUACUCGUCAAUCACAAAGACACGAAUGUCAACUAUUUAGACAACAAAGGAAACGAUGCGCUACAUUACGCAAUGAUCAACGGGCACGGGUGCGGCAGGGCAAUUGCUAAACUUUUGAAACGAAAAGGAGUCGUGGAAGAAAUAAUAGGUCAAGACGAUUUGCUUGACGAAUGUAAAGGGGGAGAUGGCAACAACGACAGUAUGGUCAAGGAAGUUCCAAACGAGGCAAUCGUACAUCCAGAUGUAGAAUUGCAUCGCAUACUGAUUGAAAUUGGAAUAGAUGCUUGCAAAACGACGCCGUUAUUGAAAGUAGGAGGGGGAAUAAAUAAUCUUCAUCACGUUUUAUCGAGUUGUUUAAAGGUGUGGGAAUCGAUUAAUAUAAACGCGAUCGAAAUACUUGACGUCAUUCUGGCAAGUGCUGGCGAGUUCGACAUCAAUAUUCGAGACGAAGAAGGCAUGACACCUCUUCAUUACGCAAUAACUGAAAAUACCGUGGAGAUGGUUCGCUACUUGCUGAAAAAAGGAGCCGAUCCCACCAUACGCAACAAUGAGGGCAACAAUUCAUUUCAUUUAGCAGUACUAUUUCUAACGGACACCGAUGUUCUCGAUCUCAUGUUGGGAAACGAAAACAAGAUUGAGAUUGACGAAAGGAACAAAAAAGGAAAGACUGCCCUGCACAUGGCAGUCAUGGAUUCCAACACAGCUGCAGCAAAAUUUCUUUUAUCAAAUGGAGCAAACCCAAACGUCGCUGAUGAACAUGGAGUCACUCCACUUCAUGUGGCGGCCAAAUAUGCCAAAGGCAUGGACAUUGUCGAGUUACUCUUGAAUCGUCAUGGCGUUGAUGUCAAUUGCUUCGACAAUUUGGGAUAUAAUGCGCUAGCUUACGCAAAGUACAACGAUCACGGGCUGAGCGAAGCCAUAGGCAAUCUGUUGAGGGCAAAAAUGGACGCGAGCGCAGAAGGAAGCAACUACAAACCGAAGAACAUUGCGGCAUGGGUUGAUUCGGACAUGGAAACGAUUCGCUUCUUGAUAGAAAACGGACAAGAUGUUAGCGCGAUGACAUGGGGAGAAAACGGAGCGAACGCACUUCACCUGGCGGCAGCGUAUGCAAAGACGACGGAUCUCAUCGACAUAAUACUGGUUAGUAGACAAUGCAACAUCAACAGUGUUGACAGCGACGGAAGGACACCUCUCCAUUACGCAAUCAAGAGACCCGACCCUGUUACGAUCAAUGCUCGUCGUCUGAUCAAAAUGGGAGCCGACCCCGGUAUCGCUGAUAAGAAUGGAGUCACACCUCUUCACAUGGCGGCGAGAAAUGCAGAAACGAUGGAUCUCAUUGAAAUCCUCCUCAAUACCGGAACGUUGGACGUGAAUUGUGUCGACAAACAAGGACGGACUCCUCUCGAUUGUGCUAGAGGCAACAAACACGGACUAGGCGAGAAGAUUAUCAAUCGCCUAAGGGAAUAG